GGUCAAAUCAAAUAUGGCGGCCAAAUGGCCAAUGGAAAAAUAUAAAUGAUCCAAGAUUUGGCCGCUAGUAUGAAACCUCGGUUAUUUUUGAAGACUUAGCCGUUUGGAUGAUGAUGUACACCUAUGGGUGAACAACUAAUUAAAAUUAAAAUUUUCAAAUUCAAUAUGGAUUUAGUGCACAAAAUGUACAAAACUUGCUCAUAAAUGAACAAAGAAUGCUAGAAGGUGACAGUGCUUCUGAGAAACAAAACCAUGUCCAAAGACCUGAAAGAGGAGCUGAAGGAACGAAUUGUGCCGUUAAGAGGCACAUCUUUGAUGAUGUGCAUGGGUUUACUGAUGAGGAUCUGGAAAAGCCUAAUUUCCCACUAAAAUCAUCAUCAGAAAAAAUACCAUUUUACUUGUCAGAUGUUGACAAGCCACCAAUAGUACAGGUUCCAUCUACAAUCAAUCAAUAUCUGCGUGAAUACCAAAAGGAGGGCAUAGCAUUCCUUUAUAGACAGUAUUCCCGUGGGGAAGGUGCUAUUUUAGCUGAUGAUAUGGGCUUGGGAAAAACCGUUCAGGUAAUCGGUUUUAUUUCUGCGGUACUUGGGAAGACAGGAACAAAGAUGGAUAUCUAUGGGAAAUUUCUGUCAGAGAAUGAUAAAAAUAAGGUUUCCCUCUGUAAUCAUGUAAAGAAAGAAAAAGGUUCAUUUCUCAUUGUCUCGCCAAAUUCUGUUCUUUACAACUGGCAUGAUGAGCUGAUGACUUGGGGUUAUUUUAAAAUUGGAAAAUUUCACAAAAGCAAACGAGAUGAGACCUUUCAAAAAGCGCUGUCAGAAAAGUUAGAUGUUGUUUUGACGACGUACGAAACUCUGCGUAAUCAUUGGGAAACUUUGAAUAGAAUAAAGUGGUUGGCGGUAAUUAUGGACGAAGUACACUAUUUGAAGGAUCCGAAAAGAGCUGUUACAAUUGCUUCCAAAUCCUUAAAUAUCAAAUGCAGGAUUGGUCUAACAGGAACACCGUUACAAAACAGAUUGCUAGAUUUCUGGUCAGUUCUCGAUUGGGCCACUCCUGGUUGCCUGGGGGAUAAAGAAGACUUUAUUAAUGACUUCGGUAAACCAAUCAUGCAAGGACAAAGAUUUGAUGGUACGAAGAGAGAACUUGCGACUGGAAGAAAAAAAACCCAGGAGUUCCAGUCACUUAUAGAUCGUUGGUGUUUACGAAGGACAAAGGCUCUUAUUGCAGAUCAACUACCGCAGAAAGAUCAAAAGGUUGUGUUUUGUCCUUUAUCUAAUGUGCAAGAAGAAAUAUACAAAACACUGCUACAAACAAACGAUGUCCAACUAGUAUUGAAGCAAGGUGAACCUUGUGACUGUAGAAGCGAAUUAACUCGUGGAACGUGUUGCUAUGCGGUGAACGAAGAAGGAUCAACCAUGAAGAAGCUUUUAUUGCAAUGCCUAAGACUUUUUCUCAAAAUUUCUAAUCAUGCAGCGUUACUUCUACCUCACGUGAAACAGACGGACGAUCAACGUAAGCGGGCAAAAGCAGUUUGCGAGAAAGUGUUUGCAGUUCAUCCAGAGUUUGAGAGGGCGAGUAAAUCUCCGUCUUUCGAGUUGUUUUCUGACAGCAAUUUUUGUGGAAAGAUGAAAGUUUUGGACAAAUUGUUAAAAUUGUUUCAACAAGAAAAGGAUAAGGUGUUACUAUUUUCAUAUUCUACGCAAUUACUAGAUAUGCUGGAGGCUUACGUCAUAAGUUGUGGUAUGGUUUAUCGACGUUUGGAUGGCAAGACGCGCGGAGAACGAAGACUUGAUGUCGUGAGAGAAUUCAACACAAACGCAAAUGUCUUUUUGUUUCUUGUUUCAACUAAAGCUGGCGGUGUUGGUCUGAAUUUGACCAGUGCAAAUAUUGUCAUCGUAUUUGACCCAAGUUGGAACCCCGCUGAUGAUCUGCAGGCUGAAGACAGAGCUUAUCGUAUUGGUCAGAGACGUGACGUCAAGGUAUUUCGUUUGAUCUCAACUGGAACUGUGGAGGAAAAUAUGUAUUUACGUCAGAUUUAUAAACAGCAAUUGGCGAAUGUUGCCGUAGAAGGCAACAAUGAGCGACGUUAUUUCACUGCAGUCGACGGUGUAAAGAACAGAAAAGGAGAGUUGUUUGGAAUUGAAAACCUCUUCACACUCAGGAUUCACGGCUGCUCUGUCUCAACUGACAUUUUUAAGAGAUCUGAUAAAAUCGAGCGGGGUUUUCGUAUGGCGCAAUACGAGCUACUUCCCAAUGUUGACAUGGAAAAGAAAAUGAUUAGUGAGCAGUCGAUAAUUCCUUUAGCUCAAUGCAAGGAACCAGAAGAUGAAAAUGAUAGUUAUAAUUUGGAUGAAAUAACUUCACAGUUUAUUGAAGAUGAUGCAACAAACAUAGAUUGUUUGCAAGACAAUCCUGCAGAACACGAUUUACGUAGCGAGGUACUUUCACAACAUGACAAUGAUGAGAAACACAAUGAUGAAAAACAAAAGAUGAAAUUCACUAAAGUGUUGGAGGAGAAACGUGAAAAAGUUAUCAUCACACCAUUACACGAUGACGACAAAAAGAAAAGAAAAAAUAUCAGGAAGAGUGCAAGUCCUUCCAAGAAAAGACCGAUAUCUAAAGAUAGCCUAGUUAAUCAGAUACUAGAGGAUUGUGGCGUCCGGCAUACACAUAGCAAUAAGAUCAUCAUUGGUUCAAGUGAAGCUGAAAAUGCAAUGACGUCACGAGCGAUGAAAGAAGUGUUUGAUCUUGGCCAAUGUUCCCAACAACCUGCCAACUGUUUUGCUGCUAUUGAGAGUGAUGGCGAUGAAAGUGAUGAUAUUGGUGAACCUGCGGACAGAAAAUCUUCCAAGACAGAAGAAAAUUUUGACUUCCAGAAAACGGAGGUUGACAAUUAUUCUUCUCCAAAAAAGGUCCACACUAUCCAAACGAAAAUCUCAGUACAAAGUAAAGCUAAUGGCCGAACGACGUUAUAUGGAGAGACCCCGAAGACAAUACGAAUAAGACAAUUUAUGGAAAUAUCCGAAACUCGGGGUUUCAAAUCCGAAAUCGAGUUUGCACGAACUGUGGUUAGCUGUAAUACGAAAGAGCGACUGGACAUGCUGAUGAAUUAUUACAAGACUAAGAAAUAUCCAAGUGAUAGUAUUGAAUUUUUUUCCCAAACAAGCCAAUCUUCUCAAGACGACAAAACGAGCAGUAACUCGAGGAAAUAUUCAACUAAUAGUGAAGGACGGUACCGAAAAUCGUCAACCAGGAAGAAAUGUUUUACAAAGUCUUCUGUUUUCAAACCAAAAAAGUCUGAUAGGUCUGUAAUGAAAGAGAGCAAGUUAUCUAAGUCAAGGACUGGAUCGACUGCAAGAAGCAGAGUUGUAAGUCAAGCAAGCGAUAAAAUCGACAGAAACAGGGUAGGGUGUAGUACAAUAGAACCCGAGGUUGGAAUGUCGUCAACAACAAACAAUGCAGUUAAAUCCCUUGAUAAUUGCAAAGUGAAUAACGUACAACUGAAGAACGACCAAACGAAAUCUAAUAGCUGUAAUCAAAUGGAGGCCAACCCAGUUAUAUCGUCAAAAUGCAGUGAAGAUAGAACAUCAAAUGGUGAGGAGGUAAACUGUUCUGAUUAUAGCUUAGCAAGACAUACAUCUUCCAAUACAUCUUCAUGUGUGUCACCCAAAAACAAUGAAAAUGUAUCCGAAGAUAUUCUCAAUGAUAUUCUCACUGCAUGUAGUGUCGCCAACACAAGUUACACUCGAUAUCGUUCAUCGCCCAACACUGGACUUUCUUCGAACAUACCUGCUAUUACAAAUAGUCCCCAAGGGUCACAGUCGUCGUUUCUCGACGAAUUUUUAUUUGAAUGUUCACAAAGAACAUGCAAAAGAGCAGCGGGCACCUCGUCUCGCAAUGAACCACAAAAGGAAACAACCGAUAAUAUUGGGGAAAACAAAACUUGUGAAAAGAUGCCAACGUCGAGUAUAAUCGAUGAUUUGAUUUAGAAAUCACACAUGCAUAUGAAUUAACUAUAAUCUAUAUGUAAAUGUUUUAUUCAGAAGAGUAUAUAUUUAAGGUUUUAUUGCGGUAGUAUGUAAAAAAAAA